AUGAACCUAUUAUUGUCAAUUAACCACUCGAAUAUCGUCAAGUUUAUUUCACGCUACGUGGAGCCGAUAAGUCCACAUGCAAUGACCACAUACUUGGUUCUAGAGAAAAUGAACAGCGGCGAAUUGUUCCAACGUAUUAUCAAUAAACUGAAGUUGGGCCAGGCGGAAACCAAAGCAAUCUUUACUCAGUUAUUAGCAGGUUUGAAAUACCUUCACGAAAGCAAUAUCAUCCAUAGAGACAUCAAGCCUGAAAACAUUUUACUUGACAUCUCUCCUCGUGUCUCCCCAGAUCAGAAGCAAACGGGCCCGUGGGACGAACACGAGUACGAUGUAAAAGUUAAGAUCGCUGACUUUGGUUUGGCAAAAUUUAUUGGAGAACUCAAAUUCACUAACACUUUAUGUGGAACCCCAGCAUAUGUGGCACCUGAGAUUCUCAGUGACAAGCGUAACUAUACAACGAAAGUCGAUCUUUGGCUGAGUGGCGUCUUGCUAUACGUUUGUCUAUGUGGAUUUCCCCCAUUCAGCGAGGAACUUGCUCCUCCCAGUAUGCGAGAGCAGAUUCUAACUGGAAAAUUUGCCUUCUACUCUCCAUACUGGGACGAUAUUAGCGAUUCCGCAUUGGACUUGAUAAGUUCCCUUCUAAUUGUCGAUCCUUUGGAGCGAUACGAUGUUUUCCAAACAUGUAACCAUUUCUGGUUUUCGGAAGACGACGCCAAAAAUGAACUGGGACUGUCGAUGGAAAUGUCGGGAAACACUCAAAGAACGUCAUUUCGUUCGGACAGUCAACCCAUGAGCUUGCGGGAAAGACAUGCAUCGGAAUUGAACGUUUCACAAAGCCGAGAUAUGUCGAUGCAACGGCCAUAA